GCGUAUCAGGGGGACGCACGUUUCGUUUUCUGUCGUUCACUUUGACAUGAUGUAAGCAUUUAGUCAAAGACAACAUUGUGAAUCCCAGUCUCUCUGAAGCUCGUAUAAUAACAGUUAAAUCUGCCACAUGCAGGAACAGGGAAGUGGAUAGUGCUGACAAAAAGGGAUAUGAUAGUGAGUUUGUGAAGGGUUGCUAUGCUACACACAAUUAUUUCCACCACGAAAUUGGGCGUGACAACCUAGUGACCGCAGGUACAAGCACAACAUUUAAAUGUAAUUUCCUCCAGACAAUAUGCAACAUUAACACCAUAGAAAAGGAAAAGAGAGGAAAGAAGAAAGAUGAAAUAGUAAACAGGAUAAUGAAGAAAUUUCGCGGAAAGAGACGAUAAGAGAAGAUGAAGAGAGAUGAUAAAUUAUGGAACAAUUAGUAGUAGUGAUAAGUCAAUGAAGAUUCGAGGCUGAACGAAAAUCAACGGAAACGUGACUAAGGGAUAUGAAAGAUAAAAAAAUCAGGAUGAAGAAAAAAACGCGGAUAAUAUAACCAAGAAAGAGCAGAGUGCAAAACAAAACACCAAAACAAAAAAACAAAGAAAAAUAAGGAACAGACCAACUGUAAAGAGAAGAGGAAACCACAAUAAGAAUCAAAGAAAGAAACGGACUGAAUCAGCUCGACAUAUCAACUGGAUGACCUCCCUUGACCUGAGCCCGCACCAUGCAACCGCCCCUGGUCAUUCUCCUGAUCUCAGCGUUCAUGCAUGGCACUGUGACCUCGUCAGCGGCUGGAGGAAUGACCGAUGACCUCAUAGACUGCCGCAUCUACACCCUGGGCGUCGAGGGCGCGUCCAACAAGACGCCCACCAUCCCCUUCAGACAGCACAUGACCGUCAGCUUCUUCAACGCGGGCGUGGCGGACAGCCGAGUGCAGACGACCAUCCACCUUGUUGAUUCCAGGAGUGAGACCGGUAGGUCUGUCACCAUCUUCAUCAACCGAGAUGCUGAAGUCAUUCUCCGAUCUGGCGGCGCUCAGCUCGGCGUCCCCCUCAAGCUGCCGCCGCCCCCCUCCUCCUUCACUCACGCGCCGGGGGGGGCGUGGACCUCCCUCGUCGUCAGCUUCCACGACUUUUGUCUCGUGGUGUACAGCCAGGAGGACCCCGUGGGCGCGGUGAUUACCGCCGAUGUCAACCUGAAGGGCAACAUCUCUAGCUUCGUGGCCUCGAACACUCUCACUUACCUCGUCCUCGACUGCCCGGCUGGGUGCCACGUCCACGACGGGAGAUCCCCCCUGGUCGACCGCUGGCUCCCCCUACCCCCUUACCUGAACCUCUUCGUGUCGGUCUUGGGCCAGAACGCUUCGUCAAGCUUGGACCUGGCCUUCAAGAGCGAGGCCACGGGCAACGCCGGGCUGAAGAAGGCGAAGCUCGAGGUCGGGAGAUGGCGCGGCCAGGGCGGUCAGGUGGCACGCGGGGAGUGGCACAGAGUCCAGAUAACGAGGCACGCGGAGACUUCCGUCGCGAUCAGCUGGGCAGGAGACGAGAGAAGAGUCGACGUUCCGCGUGGGAGGAAGCUGUUCCGCGUCGCCAGAGCCACCGCGGUGGUCUGGAGCCUCUACUGCUUCCCCGACGUGGCCAGAGGGCAGGAGGCGUGGCUGAACCACACCUCCCCCGACGACCCUCCGCCAAACCCAGACGAAGACGGGAACCAGAGCACAAACGCGGAUAAAGAGGACCAAGAGGAAGGGGCAGACGAGGGAGACACACGCGAGGAAGGGAGCCUGGGCGAGGGCCAAGUGUGGGCGUGGGUACUCACUGGACUGGCCUUCUUCCUCGUCAUGAUCUUGGCCCUGGCACUCUGCACGAGGAUGAAGCCCCGGCACGAGGUCACGUCCCACGGCGACUACCUGCCCUCCAUCGGCAUCGUCAGCCACAGGCACAUUCCCGAGACGGGGGGGCGGGAGGCAGAGGAGAUGAGCGAACCAGGCUCUCCCACCAUUCCCGCGACGGUCAUCAACCACAAACUACCGGAAGAGAACGACCAUUCAACCAAGAAACUGUAAGGGAAAGACGAGGGAAAAGAAGAUGAUUAAUUUAAAGAGAAGAUGAAGAGGAAGGGAAUAAGAGAGAGAGAAAAAACAAAAAAACAACCAGAAGAGAACGACUACUCAACCAAGAAGCUGUAAGGGAAAGACGAAGGAAAAGAUGAUUAGUUUAAAGAGAAGAUGAAGAGGAAGGGAAUAAGAG